GGGGGAAACCGAGUGAAUACGGACAUUGCCGAAGCACAUUUAACCUCCUGCGUCAGUUGAAAUAGUGGUUUGUGUUUGAGCGCCUGCUAGAAUCGGAAACAUUUUAAAAGUGUCUUUUUACUCUUCGAGGACAGAGAUGACACGGCCGGAGAUAUUUUAUAUCCUCGGGGCGUUGCUGGUAACACAAAGCGUUGCCAUCAUAAGAGUUCCCCUUCAUAAGACAAGAAGCCUACGCCGCCUGAUGAGCGACAAUGGGAUGUCUCUGGAGCAACUUCGGGCUUUGGCAAAGACUGGUGAUGCACCAGACAGCUCUCCCUCCCCCAACGUUCCUGUAGAGAGACUCACUAAUUUCAUGGAUGCCCAGUACUAUGGGGCGAUCAGUAUUGGCACCCCUCCACAGGAAUUCACUGUGCUGUUUGACACCGGCUCCUCUAACCUCUGGGUCCCCUCCAUUCACUGCUCCUUCAUCGAUUUGGCCUGCUGGCUUCAUCAUCGUUACAACUCAAAGAAGUCAAGCACGUACGUUCAGAAUGGCACAAAGUUUGCCAUCCGGUACGGCAGAGGCAGCUUGUCUGGCUUCAUCAGCGGAGACACUGUCUCUGUUGCAGGCCUGGCUGUACCUGGCCAGCAGUUUGGUGAAGCAGUGAAACAGCCUGGCAUCACAUUCGCAGUCGCACGGUUCGAUGGGGUCUUGGGCAUGGCAUACCCCUCCAUAUCAGUAGCUGGUGUCACCCCAGUGUUUGACACAGCCAUGGCUGCCAAGCUGCUGCCCCAGAACAUCUUCUCUUUUUACAUAAACAGAGACCAGACAGCAGCGGUAGGAGGGGAGCUGAUGCUGGGUGGGACAGAUCCUCAGUACUACACCGGAGACCUGCACUAUGUCAAUGUUACACGCAAGGCCUACUGGCAGAUUAAGAUGAACGGAGUUGAAGUUGGCAACCAACUGACUCUCUGCAAAGCCGGUUGCCAGGCGAUUGUUGACACGGGAACGUCCCUAAUCGUAGGUCCCGUGGAGGAAGUCAGAGCACUGCAGAAAGCCAUUGGAGCUCUGCCCCUGCUGAUGGGAGAGUACUUGAUUGACUGUAAGAAGAUCCCAUCUCUCCCUGUCAUCUCCUUCAACAUUGGAGGGAAGAUGCUUAACCUGACUGGAGAGGAUUAUGUCAUGAAGGAGUCUCAGAUGGGUAUGUCAAUCUGUCUGUCGGGCUUCAUGGCCAUGGAUAUCCCGCCUCCUGCAGGCCCCCUGUGGAUCCUGGGAGACGUAUUCAUCGGGAAGUACUACACUGUGUUCGACAGGAACGCCGAUCGUGUGGGGUUUGCUCCUGCCAAGUAGUUACUGAACACUGUUUAUUGAUAUUGGUUGCACGUCUUGACUUUAAAUAUCAAACCCAGCAAAGCAAAAUUUUGUCAAACUUGCAUCAUUUGAUUUGCUGGAGUCAAACGCAUCCUAUGGUCGUUGUAUGUUACUGCAAGGCCUGGCCUGCCACCUAAAUGUCUCAUAUCUGCUCACAAUAUACAUGAGAAACUGGCUCACUGGAAAGUUUCUCAAGUAUGAAUUGUAUAUUUAAUGGUCAUUAUCACACAUUGAGAAAGUAGUGCAAAUGUGUUCUGCCACUGAACAAAGGGACAGCUUCAGUUUGUUGCACUUCUGUGAAGCUGCUUAUGAUUCUUGAGCUUUAAAAUGACAUUUUAUAUUCAAUCAGAAUUAUGCAUUUGAGCUAUUUAUGCUGUUUAAUAUAAGUAAUUUUGUUACAAAUACACCUCAAAUUUUUGAAUGUAACCUUUCUUUUCAAGCAUCUGAACCACACUUCUAGUUUCCGAUGUCUAAUAAUUUCAUCAUUAAAGCCUCAUUUACACUUUACAUGAAAAUUCCAAGUAUCUCAGGAUAUUUCUUUUUAAUAUUGCAAUGUUAAUUUUAUUAUCUCACAAAAUAAAAGUUUUGAUUGUCAAA